AUGGGAAGGGUUAAAGUAGGAUCGAUGAAACUGUCGCAGGUUAGACUCCUUAAGGUUUCUUCCCAGUUCUGUGGUCAGAGGAAAGACUGCCUAUUGUACCAGGUCACACCUGAAUUGGGAGCUUUCCUGUUCUCAUUGCAGUGUGUUGGAGUGUCAGAUCAUAAGUCUGGGAGAAAAAUAGCACAAUGUAGUCCUCAAGAGUCCUGUGCUGUGCUAACAUCUCUCACUGGGCCAUGUGUAGACGUUGCACCCCCAAGCCAAGGUCAGGAGAUGUGCAGCUUGUGGUGCCAGAGGACUGGACGAGGUGGGUGA